AUGUCGACAGUAGGAAAUGGUGCCAGCGGAGGUGUUGGGGGUGUUGGGGGUGGUAGCAGCGGUGGUAGUACUUCCUUGAUGGAAGCAUGGAUGAAGAAAGUGUUGGAGGACAGUACUGGGGGGGCACCUGGAUCCAGUCUGAACAGUGGGAAGGACAUUAUGGACAAGUUGAAGGAAGAUUUGGAAAAGAUAUUCAGUGAUUUGCAGAGUAGGUUCACGGGUGUGGAGGCCCAGGAGUUGGCUGAUAUGUGCUUUAAAGCCGGAGAACUAUUUGAUAGGAGUAGCACAUACGUUCGUGGCAUGAAGACAUUUUGUAAGGGUAUGAUGGAAGUGCGAUAUUUCAUAAGUGGAUUGAAGAGUGGAACGAAGAAAUCGGCACCGGUGCAGGUUGAAACAACCAUUGAAGAACACGAGUGGUAUCCGCGCUGUAUUGUUGGUGCCGUCGCCCUAUCCACAAUUUAUGGUGACAAUUGCAAACUGGGGGAGGUCAUCAAGAAAAUUGAUGAAGAAAUGAAGAAGAAGUUAGGGGGACAUAAGAAUAAUGGGGCAAAAUUGGAUAAAUGUAAAGGACUUACGAACGCUGACGUACUGCUGGGUAAAGCACUUAUUGGCGGCAAAAUAAGAGAAUGGGCAUUGGCAGAUAAGGCCAGGGCAAACAUAGAUGCCACUAAGAAUAAGGCAAUCCAGAGGGUAGGGUCGGUAAUGGAUGAUAGGGAUAAAUUGUGCAAACAGGAUCAGGGGUACCCAAGUGCGCAUAAUCAACUAAAGGGGAAUACAAACAGCAUGGCAUCUUUCCUAGGAAUAGUGGACAGCGCCAAGGUUGAGAAUAAUGAUUCACCAAAUCUAUUCGACGUCUUAGUGAAUGAUGACUUAACAUUUCCACCGGAAACAUUACAAGAAGCACUUGCUCCACUAGUGAACACGGACGGUAGUGGAACCGUGGACCCGAGCAAAGUGGGCGAAGUUAUGGAACAGUUAAAGAAGGAAUCCGAAACAACAGUAGCUGAAGCAUGUAUCAAGAAAACAUUGGAACAGAACAGCGGAGCUGACAACAUGUGUCAACGCCUAGAAUGUAUGAAGCACCUAUGGACACAGACGAAUUCAGCAGGAGCAGGAGCAACGCCAGGGAACAACAACUUUUGGGCAGAGAAUGAUGGAGCAGUGAAGAACUUAUGGGAUGAAUUGGCAAAAGCAAUGAAGGAUAAUACAACAGAGAAAGAAGAAUGUAAUAAAGUGGGAAAUAAAGGAACUGAAGCAUCUCCAUCUGAGAAGGCGGCAUGCAAUUAUUUGCAUGCCGGCUUAGAACAUCUGUAUAAGACGCCGGCGUCGUCGUCGACGACGGCGACGCCGUCUGUUUUAAACAACCCAUCGUUUAGACAAACGAUGGGUUGUUUUUUACUUCACGCUUAUGCAAAACACAUGAAAGAAAAAGCAACUUGUCUUAUUGAUGCUGGUAUAAGUAAGGCUUUCGAACUGGGAGAGAACCUCAGUAAGCAGGGUACUUGCACUGUUGGUUCCAGUGGCAAGGGACAAUGUGUCCCUUGCCAAUGGAAUAACGAUUGGGGAAGUUGCGAAAUUAAAAUGAAUGGAAGCUCUGUCUCAAAUGAAAAGGUUCAGGAAAAAUUGAAAGAAAUUGUCAAAGCCGAAGACAACAACAUAGUAGCCAUGGCAAAGCAAGUAAAUAAUGUAACAGAACUCUGUGACCAAGUCAAAUGUGUAGCUAAUAAGUGGCUUAAGGUGAAAGGCGGUGGCAAAACCGACAACUGGGAACAAGUGUGGAGUGAAGUCAAAAAGGAAAUCCCGAAACUUGGCGGUGCCAUCAGCACCCCCAUAUCUAAAGAUAGGAGGACAGAACUCGAGAAUUACUGCACUGGCAUUCAAACGGUUAAUGGAAAGCCUGCUGAUAAGGAGGCUUGCCUCCUUAUAGCAGCAGGAUUAAAAAACCUCUACGACAUCAAGGACGGAGACGACGUUGAAAAAUCAUUCAAAAGAACGAUGCGUUGUGUUUUAUUAAAUGCCAUUGCAGAUAAACUACAAGACAACAAAUUUCCAUGUAAGGAUGAACAUGUACAUGUAUAUAUACGUAUGUAUGUAUGUACAUAUAUAUACUUACAUAUAUAUGUAUAUGUACGUAUGUAUGUAUGUGUGUAUGUAUACAUAUGUAUGUAUAUACAUAUGUAUAUAUGCAUAUGCAUUUAUGCAUAUGCAUAUAUAUAUAUAUACUUACAGGAACAAGUGUGGAGUGAAGUCAAAAAGGAAAUCCCGAAACUUGGCGGUGCCAUCAGCACCCCCAUAUCUAAAGAUAGGAGGACAGAACUCGAGAAUUACUGCACUGGCAUUCAAACGGUUAAUGGAAAGCCUGCUGAUAAGGAGGCUUGCCUCCUUAUAGCAGCAGGAUUAAAAAACCUCUACGACAUCAAGGACGGAGACGACGUUGAAAAAUCAUUCAAAAGAACGAUGCGUUGUGUUUUAUUAAAUGCCAUUGCAGAUAAACUACAAGACAACAAAUUUCCAUGUAAGGAUGAAAAGAAAGUGGCUGAAGCAAUAACUAAGGCAUUUAAGCAAAGUGCUACUAUUAUGGGUCAAGGUGAAGGUUGCAAUAAGAAUGAUAAAUGUUUUGAGUGUAAGAGAGUACCCUUAAGUAGCCUCACUGAUUGUAAUCUAGGCUCCCCGAGCAAUUCUCAGAAUCUGAAGUCGAAGAUAGAAGAUGAUUUGCUUAAGGAAGGCGAAAACAUAGAAAUGACGAAAAUUAAGGAGAAAGCUAUAAAGGACAUAUGUAA